AUGAGCCACCUGCGGGCGGCCGCCGCCGAGUGGGUGGAAGGCGGCAGGGACUUGGGGGCCCAGGAGCAGCUGGAGCAGACUCUCCUAGGGCAGGAGCAUCCCGGUUGCGGUUUCCCCCCUGCUUGGCUGGGCAUGUGCUGCCCGGCACGCGUCCCCGUAGCCGCCGCCGCCUCCCCCAGAUACCUGCUGCCCGGAGCAGCGGAGGAGGAGGAGGAGGAGCCGCUGGAGGCGGGGGGAGCCGAGCAGCACCUGGGCGGCUGCAGCAGCAGGAGCGGCCCCUCGGGGAAACUGUGCAAGCUGCCAGGGGGCGUCCCGUCGGCGGAAGGGGUGUCGGGCUGCGGCAGGCAGCGCGCCCCGUCCGGGGGGCUCCGGCAGCAGGUGAGCGGCGUGCAGAAGCAGCGACGGCUGGCGGCCAACGCCCGGGAGCGGCGGCGGAUGCACGGGCUGAACCACGCCUUCGACCAGCUGCGCAAUGUCAUCCCCUCUUUCAACAACGACAAGAAGCUGUCCAAGUACGAGACCCUGCAGAUGGCGCAGAUCUAUAUUAGCGCGCUGGCCGAGCUGUUGCACAGCCCGGCCGCGCCCGCCGACACCCCGGGCAAGGGCGAGCACCGCGCGACGCCCCACGAGGCAACCGGAGCAGAGGCCGGAGCUGCAGGGCAAGGACAGGGGCAGCAGCAGAGACCCUCGCCCUCCGGCCACUGCAGGACUCGCUUCCCCCAGCAGUCGGCUGCGGGGGGCUACUCCGUGCCGCUGGACCCUCUGCACUUCUCCUUCCAGGAGAGCGCCCUGAUGGCACAGAAAGCCCCCUCCCCGGCCCUCCUCGGCCAGCCGCAGGAGAGGAGCAAACCAUCGCCCAGGUCCCACAGGAGCGAUGGAGAGUUCUCGCCCCGCUCCCACUACAGUGACUCUGAUGAGGCCAGCUAG